CAUGGAAGCAGAGAAUUCUCCGCUUAUUAGAACGCCCCCUCUCUCCUUUGUUUCAAACGUACCCAUAAGACCAGGAGACCUCCUUCCGUCUCUCUACUUUUUCUGGGUUAAGAUUACACCAAAGGCUUUCAAGGAGAGGUCUUACUUGAUCAUUUAGUUGGACCCUCACUACUAGGAGCAGAAUCUAAGAGGUUUUCCAAAUGCUAAAUUUUACUAGGAGCAGAAAUCAACCAAGGCCCAGUAGAUCCAUGCCUUUUGGAGGUAUGGAAUACGCAGACCCAAAAAGGAAGAGCAAUGUUGUAGGAAAAAUUCUUUUGGCUGCUACUCUAACAGCAUUAUGUAUUCUAAUGCUAAAGCAAUCAUCAAAUUUUAACACCCCAAGUCCGUUCUCUCGUCAUGAACCAGGGGUAACUCAUGUCUUAGUAACAGGAGGUGCUGGCUAUAUUGGUUCACAUGCUGCACUACGACUUCUCAAGGACUCACACCGUGUAACUAUAGUGGAUAACCUCUCGAGGGGAAACCUAGGCGCCAUUAAGGUUUUACAAGAACAAUUUCCAGAACCUGGGAGGCUUCAGUUUAUUUAUGCUGACCUCGGAGAUGCAAAAGCUGUAAACAAAAUAUUUUCAGAAAAUGCAUUUGAUGCUGUAAUGCAUUUUGCAGCUGUUGCUUAUGUUGGAGAAAGCACCCUUGAACCUCUCAGGUAUUAUCACAAUAUUACAUCAAAUACGUUGGUAGUAUUGGAGGCGAUGGCAGCCCAUGGUGUAAAUACAUUGAUAUAUUCUAGUACAUGUGCAACAUAUGGAGAACCUGAAAAGAUGCCCAUUACAGAACAAACUCCACAGGUCCCAAUUAAUCCAUAUGGAAAAGCCAAGAAGAUGGCUGAAGAUAUUAUCCUGGAUUUCUCCAAAAAUUCAGAAAUGGCUGUCAUGAUCCUAAGAUACUUCAAUGUGAUUGGGUCAGAUCCAGAGGGAAGACUAGGGGAAGCUCCUAGACCUGAACUUCGUGAGCAUGGUCGGAUAUCUGGUGCUUGCUUUGAUGCAGCUUCAGGUGUUAUUCCUGGGCUGAAGGUCAAAGGCACGGAUUACAAAACACCUGAUGGCACUUGUGUAAGGGAUUACAUUGAUGUUACUGAUCUGGUUGAUGCUCAUGUGAAGGCUCUUAACAAGGCUGCGCCUGGGAAAGUUGGAAUCUACAAUGUUGGCACAGGAAAAGGCAGAUCAGUGAAGGAGUUUGUUGAGGCAUGUAAAAAGGCAACUGGGGUGAACAUCAAAGUUGAAUACCUUGCCCGUAGGCCUGGUGACUAUGCUGAAGUUUUCAGCGACCCAAGUAAGAUCGACCAUGAACUGAACUGGACAGCUAAAUACACCGAUCUUCAAGAGAGUUUGAGGGUCGCGUGGAGGUGGCAGAAGGCACACCGCAAUGGAUAUGGAACAACCCCCCUGGCAAUGGCUUCUUGAUGCAUUCUACACAACCAUUCUACACCAAAAGACUAACGCAGACCCCUUGCCCCCACGGGUUCUAAUUCUCGCUCAAAUGAGGGCUUUGAGCUGAAGUUUCAUUCUUUUUUCGUUUCUGUUUGAUAAAGGGGGAGUUGUAGGUAGCCAUAUAGCCCAUUUAUUACAUGAAUUGGAGGAGAAAAUUAGUUGAAUAAUAAAAUCUCAAUCCUUGGUAGCUUUUAGCUGACAUCUAUCUUUUGUCCCAUUCUUUUUGGUAUAUAUAUGUAAACAGUAAGUCGAUUUGCUCCAAUUAAUGGUAUGGAUGAAUGCCUUUAUAAUUAGUAGAUUGAUGAUA